UUCUGUCAUUUUUGUCCCCCGUGUUUGCAAAGUACAUGCUAUUAGCUUUGCGGCCUUGGGCAUGCGGAGCCUUGAACUGGCAUCGUGUACAAUCGCGUCAACGUAGUUUUUGAAAUAUUGUCUAGUCGUAUGGCAUACGUAACGCAGGAUGGCCCAAAUUAUAUUAAGCAACAUACACAGGAAUCAUUGUGUAAGGCUGCCAGAUCGAGGCUCUGCAUGCCUAUGGCGGCAACGUGCAAAGAGGAAAUAGGUACUAGUAGCAGGUCUUUUUAAUUAAGUUGUUCUAAUUUGGGUCGUUGGAUUUGUCUAUACCGGCGAUUUUACAGUGUGUAAGGAAGAUGCAGAUGCCAGUCAAGCAUUUGAAUCAAUAUUGUCAUUGAACCCUGGAGAUUUGAUAUCUGACAUGACUGCCAAAUCUCUUUAAUGUUAAUGCGUUCAACCAAUUGUGAGUUGACCAGAAAACCGUUCUUGGAAGUCCAGCGUAUCGAAAAUCCGCGUCAGGUUACGCAAGUCUUGUCUGGUGUGAUUAGCUCUAAUUAAGUUGUCAGAAAGGAACUGGCGUGUGACUAACAUGACCCGUGCUCUUUUUGCAAUAGUUGUCAGCCUUUAUUUUUCGUCUCCUCGCAGUGAAGACAUUUAUUUGCUUUUGUUUCGUGAUCCACCACCAGGCUGUUGAUUUCAAGUAAAUAACAACCUCAACAGUUUGCUAGGACUCCGCUACAGUCCUUGAGAUACGGGCAUUUAUUGGGAAAAGAAGUUAAGAACUAUCUUCAUACUUUGGGGCAUCCGAAAACGGUUCUAAGUGACACCAGUUAGUUCGAUUUCCGUCCCGUACUUUCGUGGGGGUGUUUGAUGGCAAAGUUGACGGUCAAAUCUUCUCACGAAGUGUAGCCGUGGGCCUUGUAGGAGGUAUUAAAAUGUAUCUUGUGUUGUCCAAAGUUCCCUCGGGAAGAGCGUCACAGAAAAUGCACUGGGCUCAUUAUUUUUAAUGUUACAUGCAUCAACAGUGCGAAACACGAUGAGCUAAGUACUCUGCUCUGCCCGAAUCGUCUAAAAAGGGGGGGGGAAGUUAUCGAGUUUCCGGGUUGGAUCAAUUACCUUUUCAACAUGAUACGGUCGAUCCUCUCAAGCUGACCUAAUUUAAGCUGGCUUGUUUUGUGUCAACAACGUUCGUCUGAAUUACAGCACAGGAAAUAAAUCACCUGCCACUGCGAGCGGUGAAGGGUCGGUCAACGCGUGAGUUUUAGUGCGACAGAAUGGGUAUCUUUAUUUGAACUACAAUGUGCGGUCAUUUGCAGAAGUUCAGGAUUACCCAUACAAAAGCCAUUAAUCUCAAGAAAAUCGAACAUAAAAGCAAUCAAUCAUGACAACCUAUGUUUAUUUUCAAUGUGUAACCUAUUUCCAUGAACAGUCUAAUAUUUAGUGUGCCCUCCUUUAUUUUUGAUUACUUAGACUGGCUAUUUUAUUUUACCCAUGAUGCAUUACAGGCAAAAUGUCAUACAAGACUUGCCUUUGCAAAAAAAAAAAAAUCAUUCAAAUGGGUAUAUAGCACUACACUAAUGUUAUGCACCACUGUAAAAGCAUGUGUUAACAUCAAUGAGACAAUGCAAUGCAGACCCAGUGCCAGAAAUACCAACAAAAUUCCAGGUGGUCUUAAACGUUUGCAAAUAACUGUAAUAGGCCAAAAGUAGGGGGCCGACCCUUUUGCGCUUGUUUUAGAUUUUUUAACAACCUGGUUUAUUUCAGGUUAUAGAUAGAUAUUGUCCUGCUAAACAUACGUGUCCUAUGAGUUCCCUGGUUCAAAAGGUGCUCUUUCACCAGAGAAUUCGUGUGUCGCUGAGCUAACUGAUGUGGAGAGCGUCGAGGAGUGAGUUGGAGAUAUGCCUGGCCGUGAAAAAUAGAACUUUUAGGGUGAAGAACCCCUCAGGUCAGCCUGGAGUUCACAGGCCUGUGCAAAAAGCGAAUACAUGAACAUGUAGGUAUGCACACAUGAUGUAGGCUUGGCGAGCGGAUUUCCGCAUUUAAUCUUUAUGUUUACAAUUUCCAGAGUAAUGCAAAAUCUUAGAAAUUGUGCAGCUUGUUUUUGAAUCCGAUUGAAUCUGUUUUGGUUAUGUUUCAGAAAAAAGAGGAAUGUAUCCUUGCAAUUGAAUGAAGCCAUGUGAGCGGAAAUGAUGGCUAAACCAGAGUCAUUGCUGGGAGAAGCUUGACUUCCCUAGCCAAAGGCCGACUACUCAGCAGGAAAUAAAACCAUAUGCAAAUCUAUUAAACAUGUUUGCCGCAUUUUUGGACCUUUGGGGUCCUUCGCUUGAGGACCUUCCAUAAGGAUUGCAUAUCAUCGGAAACUGAUCGGCGAUGCUCCCUGCGUCUCUCUACGUCGAUAUGGAACCAGGCUUUACUUGCACCUGGUUCGUUUUAGAUGGUUGGGUGUACAGUACGUGCACAUUAUCAACAUUUAAUUAACAGUACGGUAACAUUUUCCUGUGACAAAGAUUUUUGCAGAGAGGGGAAUUUUCUGAACAUAUUUGACCCCCAGCUAGAACCCACCCCUUCGUGAUAUCCACAGAGGCAUCUUUUGCCUUUUAUCCAAACUUGUCCGCUAUUGCCCCAAGUUUUGUUUCUUUGUUCAUUUGUUUUGGUUUGUUUUUCCUAUUUUGGUUUGUUUUUAUCAGGUCAGAUUUAAAGUUUAGUGAAGAUGGAGUACCGCCUGAGAAACAUUGCGUAGCCAAUGGCACAAUUCGUUUUUCAUUUUAGCAAAGGCUUGUAAACGUAGACCUACAUUUUUCAUAACCGAUUAAACGUAUUAGGAAAUAUUACAAUUCUUACAAAAAAGAAAUCUUUUGUCCAACACAAAGUACGAGGUGCCCGUACCGAUAAGGGGUCAGACUAGUUUAAGCGUAUACUGGUAGCCAUCCGCACAGGCUUCUGCAUGAAUGGGAAACGUAAUCUAGCUGGAACAUAAUGUUAAUUAUGUUAUUUCAAAGAAUUGAGCACAUGUUGCGAUAAAAGAAUUUAAAAAAAAAAAGGUUUCCCAGUCGAAUUACGAAAUCGUAUCAUUAUGUAUUAACUCGCUAGGCUUCUGGCUGUGUCAAGCUAGGAAAAAAGCCAUUUCUCUAGUGAAAAGACUAUCGUUUUCACCCGUCAUCUUGGGAAUAAUUUGCUGGCAAAACUAUAAUUGCCCGAUUGUUGUUCGAAUAACAGUUCCAAAUAAGAUCGAAGUGUAGCUUUUCUUAUCAAACAUCUCGAUUUCGAGCUUGAUCGUUCAGUAGGGACGGUAAGGCUUUAGAAGAAUAGCCAGACCUACGAAAAUGCGUAAACUCUGAGGAGGGCGCCUCGGAAGCACAGACCUAUAAGCAAACACAAUUAAAGCCUUGUAAAGUUUCAGCCUCUGUCUCCGUAUUUCUGACUUUGGGGAGGGUUCAGACAAGCUUAUUAUAGCUUUGUAAAUCUUAGCAUCAAAAUGGCAGCUUGCCUUCAGGCAAACACAAUGUGUAUGAUAAAUCCUAAGCUGCAGUGGGUCCCUUAAAACCUCUGGUGAUUAUUUUGUGGCAAUAUCCUUAUCAACCAAUCUCACCCAUUUAAGAUGGAUGGUACUGAGAACACGCCUACGGAGCUCUAGUGCCCAGGUUCUACAUGGAACCCUUCAUUUAAUUUGGCAGUACUGUUUAGGGAUCCUACUGCUGCAGAAAAAAUCUGAACAGUCAUUUUUAGAUGGAAAAAAUCGAUUUUUGCGCUGCCUCCUGACCCAUUUCCUGGAUACGCCUCCGGCACAGAAUACGAUAUCAGAUUCUGUUCGAGUGCAUGAUUUACCGAUCUAGGCAGGUUUCGGCAGACCUUCUCUUUGUGGUGUCAUUCUGCAACCGGAAUUAAAAGCUGUAACAGCGGUGGCACAACGCUCGUGGACAGGUGGUACGCGGGCGUUUCACGUUUCUUCGACCAGCAAAGAGUCGUGAUUUGCCAAAUGCACGCGUGCGUCAACCCUGAAGAAUGUACGUGUGAGUGCAGCGCCACCGCAGUUAUGGCGUCUAAUUAGAUCAGUCUGUGGGUGUAUAGAGAGCGAGAACCAUGCAGCGUGUGAAUAACGGUGAGCGAAUGCUCCAUUCGUUUGCAUGGCAUUUACCAGUUCUUCCUGACAUCACAUCCGGUACUGUGUAACAGUACAAACUCGGAAAUUGGAGAACGUUGUUAUCCAAUGAUGAAUGUACUUAGAAAUGUUCUUUACUCUAGCUUAAAAGAAUUUGGGGCCAGUCAGAACCUUGAAUGGUGCACCGUGAAGCAUAGCACUUGAGGGAGUGAGCGCAUCCUUCCUUUGAAAUUCUACAAACACGUAUUCUAUUUCCUGCAACAAUGGAACGUCGUUUUUUGGACUGCAGUCACGGUGCAUAAACAGAAUGGCCCUUUCAAACAGCCGUAGGUUACCACCUUGGCAUUGAAGACACGAGCCGCCAUUAGACAUUUCACGAUCGUGACGUAUGAUUUGGCAAAGAAUUCAGUUAUAUUUAAACAAAACAUGGCUGAAGUAGCAUUACUACAAGUAUUUGUGUUUAAGAGAAGAUUGUCGUACUUUUUUACCACGUCGGAAUCAUUGCGUAAAUUGUCGUACCAUACAAAGGUAAGAAUUAUCCUAAUAAGACUGCCUAGUCAACUGGGAAGACCAUGUCAGUAAAGAGAAAAGAAAAGUGUCAUGGUUAAUUACUUAACCCAGCCAUGGACUUAAUUCCUCGUCGUUAUUUAUUUGUGUCCAAAACAUUCUUCCUUUUGAAGGUCUUAACGAGCUUGUGGCUUAACAAUUGGCUAUUGUCAAAUGGUUGUGUCGGCAAAAUGAAUGGAUUCGCGCGUUGCGUUCAGAUAAAUGGAAAGGGAGAUUUUGCAUGAAGGGACUUUUCCCCAACAUAGGCACAUGUAAUAAAUAAUAAGAUUAAAGACAACGCACUGUUAAAUAUCUUUCUGUUUGCCAGUAACCUUGCUUUUCAGUUUCUUGUUGCCACAGCUAAUUCAUUAAAAGCAUCAAUUACAAGGUGACUUGUGUAAUUUAACCAGUCUCUUGGUACAAGGAAUCCUUGGAACAGGUGUCAUUUUGAUGUGGAGGGGGUUUUGAAUGUCAGUAAAAAGAACUGUUGAAUAUAAGACCCUGGAAUGAUGGACACGGUCGGGCCACUGCACUGUGCAACGUUAACGUCUACACUCCUGGAAUCAAUUCAUGGAUACUGCCAAUAACCACGCACAUCAAAAUGCAAGUUUCGGGUUUCACUUUAUGCAACAACUCCCAAAAGGCAACCUCAUACAGUUGAAUAUAAUGCUUCCUGAUUUAUGCAUUGAUCAGUAUUAAACUUGCUACUUGGUCAUUCUGUAAAACUGGAUCCAUAUUUUUCGUGUCCGUCUCGUCCGACGUGUAAUUUGUAAAUUCAGACGAAAUAAAAAAUCUCUAGUUUCUUAGAAAGAUUAAGGAAAGUAAGUUACUUGCCAAACAAAUUAAAAAUUGUUUGAAAUCAAUUUUAUUGGUACUUUUGUGUCAAUCACACUGGUCAGGUGUAUUAGGUAGGCAGAAAAGUCACAUUUGGACCCAGAAUAAAAAAAAAUGGUUCUACUGAUACUAAGUAGUCUAAAAUAAAAGCUUUGCUUGAUUUUAAAAAUGCCAGCGCUACCCCUCACCGCGUCAAGAUUUUACGAAGCUCUUUCGUCCGUUAUCAUGAAAGGGCGACCUCAACGAUGCAAGGCGGAGAGCAGUACAUGUCGCACGAUUGGCGCGAUGCAAUUAGACAGCGAAGGAAAAUAUUUGCCCAUGCACAAGUGGUCAAUAUCUGUCUGGCAUUCAUUUCCUUCCGCAGAAGCGCUCGAUAUUGCAGUCAAGCGAUGAGUCCAUUUAAGCCCGUUGGAAAAGACAACUCGCGACGAAAUUGAUGGGAGGUGUUCCGCUGUCAACUUUCCGGCACCAAAUCCAAUUACUAACGGGUACAUUACCUGUCGUCCAAAAUUGCGCGUAAGUUUGUUCAUUUCCUACGCAUAGAUUAGUGGGGUGGGAAUACCCGAAACGGGCACCGCUGUUCAAAGAAAAAAAAUAAAUGUAUAGUUAAUGAAUUGUUAUAUGUAGGAUUGGUCGAUAGAGGCUCUCGUUAAUGUAGACUUUUUGCAAAGCGUGUUAUGAGAUCGACUUACGACAGCAACUUUAUCUGGAGCUUGAAGCGGAUACAGUUUAUAAAGUCAGGUGAUCUCAUGAACGGUGCACGUCAAAUCAAGCGGGGUUCGCUUCGUUGACAUUAUUUUCUGAGGAUAUCGGUACUGAAGCGUUGGCGGGGUUUGAUGGUAAUUAAGUCUCAUUGUCAAGACUUGAAGGUUAAAGAGUGGAUUAGAUUCUGUGUCGUCGCACUAAACACUGCAAUCGCACUUCUGUCACGUUAGGAAGCUCCGCGUUCUCACGAGGCGUCUAGUCCCUCUUGCUGGAGAUGCUUCUCCAUGUUGAUAUCUGCACCUGUCAGUGUUGCUGAUCAGGUAGUUUAAAUAAUUAACAGGUUUUGCGUUUACCAGGUUCGCCUUGGCAUCAACACUACCUUGGUAGGCAGUGGGAUUUUAUGUUGUGGUUCCUGAUCUGCAACACCCACCCGGCCUCAUUUGCUAGACGAGUUGAGACUGGUCUCUAACACUGGAAUUGUUUAGUGCCAUCUCGCGCCAUCUGUUUUCAGAGAAAGGAGAACUAAGUAUACUGCCGGCAAAUUUGAAAAGACCUGAGUGAUCAGUGAACUGCAAGUAGUGUCGACGAAGCAGACAUGGCGUGGGAUUUAACCAACUCCACACCCUCUGAUGAGACUGUCUUGACUAACAACGACGUAUAUUUCAGCUACGCCCAACGCCAGAUUCUGGCGAGUAUCGUAGGUAUUGUCAGCGUUCUCGGUAUCGUGGGAAAUACACUGGUUAUAUUAGCCGUGGCCCUGUCCCGUAAACUUCGCCACACCACCAACUAUUUGGUGGUGAACCUCAGUGUUGCCGAUCUGCUCACGAGUCUGUCCCUACCGAUGAAUGUGCUGGCCGUGCUGAAGGAUGCCUGGCCGCUGCCUGAUAUUUUGUGCAUCGGCACGGGCGUGGUGUUCAUCACCUGCCUGAUGUGUAGCAUCAACUGUCUGGCUUGCGUUGCUGUGAAUCGCUACAUCCUCAUCACCAAGCCGAGCGCCCUGUACCGUCGACUGUACACCUCGCGAAGGACCGCCCUCAUCAUCAUCUGUGCCUGGUUAUUGCCUCUCUGUAUCGCCGUCAUCCCAGCCAGCACCGGCUACAUCAAGGUGGGCUUCGACCCUCAAUUCUUCUCUUGCUCCUGGGUGGUCUCCGAGUCUGAUCCCGGCUAUUACUACGUCUUGUUCUCCUCCUGUCCAGUCCAGUUGUCAGUCGUGGCAUGGAGUUACGGGAGCAUCCUCUAUCACGUCCGCAAACACACCAGAGCAGUUGGUCACAUGGACAGAUCAGCCUCAGGAGAAUCGGACACCGCUAAAACUGGCGAGGUUCCCGGCAAUCAUGCGCCCCACUUCGCGCCCGGGAAACAGAAACGUAAACUCCAGAUAGAAGUGACCAAGAACCUGUUUUACGUUGUCUGCGCGUUUCUGAUUUGCACAGCGCCAUGUUGUAUUAGUCUGCUUCUGGGCAAGAGCGGCCUCCGCCUCUACCCAAUAGGCGUCACCUUACUGUGCUGUAACAGCUGCGUCAAUCCAAUCAUAUAUGCGGCAAAACAUCCACAGUUUAGACUUGUAAUGAAGUCGAUCAUUCUCUGCCGAUUUUCUGACAUUCCUGAAAGAAUACACUUUUGGCGGUUCUGUCCUCGCUGUGAAGCAUGCCAAUAAUUUUUUGUUUCUUUCUGAAGUAGUGA